AUGGAAGGAAAGCCAGCAGAGACCAACUCAGAGGUGGACAAGUCACCAUCACCCUCAGUGGCUCAGCUAGCAGGGAAAUUCAAAGAGCAAGCAGCCAAUAUCACUGGAAAAGAGGUACCACCACAUAAGCCAACUCGGAGGAAACCACCAUGCUCCCUUCCUUUGUAUUCCCACAAAACUGAGACAAGUGACAAUGAUGAGCAAAAACGAUCUCCAAAUACUUGCCCCAUUCCCAAGGUCAAGGUGAAAAGCUCUCCCAUGAUUGAAAAGCUGCAGGCCAAUCUGGCUUUUGCUCCAGCUGCUCUGCUGCCCGGAGCAUCUCCCAAAAGCCCAGGUCUGAAACCCCUGGUGUCUCCGUUCAGCACCCCUCCCUCAACGCCCAGCAGCCCAGGGAUUCAGUCCCAGCCCAGUGAAGCAAGUGAGACACCGGUCAGCUUUGAUCAACCCCCGGAAGGCACUCAGCUGCAGUUCUAUAACAAGGUGCGGACACGGGGAUCGAUAAAGCGCAGGCCUCCCUCCAGGAGGUUCCGAAGAUCUCUGUCCGAGUAUGGAGAUGGGGAAGAUUUAGGGGUUAACAUCUCUUCUCCAGAAAAUGGUGCCAAGGAAGAUGGGGAUGAGGUGUUUGGGCCCAAGGGCAAGAGAGAGGAGGCAGAAACAGGGAGCAAAGAGGAAAAGAAACAGACAGGGUCUGAUGAGAAGCCCUCAUCAAGGAAAGGAUCCAGCAGAUCAGAAGAUGAAGAAAAAGGGGACAAACAGGCAGAGGAAGUGACUCCUUGCAAGAGUAACACAGGGGAUACAAAGGAGGAGGUGUGUCCUGGUGCCCCAAGGGAGGAGAACUCUCCCCAGCUUCCUUCUGGAGACAAGGAAGAGAAGGUGUGUGAGGGUCCCCAGGGAGAAGAGCAGCAAGGCAGUGCCUGUGAACAGGAAAAGGGGGACAAGGAGAAGGAAGAAGCCAAAACUGAAGCUGAAGCUGAAGCAAAGGAGAGCAGUGAGAGUACAGAUGCACGGAAAACGUCAGACACUGAAGAAACACCGCUGGCACCUGAAGCACUGCAGGACGCAGUGGGCUUAGAGACUGCCAGUGAGCCUUCAACGUCGGCCGCGCAGAAGAGCACAGCGUAA